AUAUAGAGCCAAUAACUUCACCGCGACGACCUCAAGGCCGAAAUUUGAACUCCAGGGGCUUUGUCACGAGGUCAGAGAUGGAGCGGUCGUCAUUCGUUAGCGACGGCGCCUAUGGGUCCUCGCACGAUAGGCCAUCUCCCAUGCACUCUCAAUCAACAAUUUCGUUUCCAGCUUUCAAGCGUUCUACUUAUUCUCGCGCUGGGCAUCUUCCAUCGGAUACGCCAUCUACGUUCUCAAAUCGCUCACCAGCUCGUACACAGCCUCAGUGGGAAAAUUUACAGCGGAUAGGUGUGCGCAGCAGUCGUCAUACAUUUGGCAAUAUUGCGGGAAAUACUUCGGCUAGGCCAGCCAGAAUCAUCUUCUCCAGCGCUGGUCGGCGCAAUGUCAAGCGAUGAGGCUGGUUGGUCUAUGACACCCGUCGCGACGGCUGCGAGUUUUUCUCGUUCGAGAAGGGGGACAUGCUUACCUUUUGAUGGCGGUAUAUUAACGAUGCAAAUGAUAUACAUUG